AUGUUUGGCAGCGUCAAGGCACCUCCAAAUAAGGGCGGACGACCCCGUAGUAUCACUUCAGUCAUGCUCGAGGCCUUGUGCGACCAUCUGAUUGAAAAGCCUGCCUUGUAUUUGGACGAGAUGGUGAUUUUUUUGUGGGACGAAUUCGCUCUUCAAGCAACGAAAUCGAGCGUCAGUCGCGCCCUUAAGUCCAAAGGCUGGUCAAAAAAGACUGCCCGGGUCAAGGCACGAGAACGCAACCUUGACCUUCGGGACGAAUACCAUCAUUUUAUCUCAGACUUCAAGUCUUACCACCUUGUCUAUGUCGAUGAAUCUGGGUGUGAUAAAAGGAUAGGCUUCCAGCGAACGGGUUGGUCCCCCCUUGGUACUGCACCUGUUCAAGUGUCGAAAUUUCAUCGUGAUCAGCGUUAUCAGAUUCUGCCUGCGUAUGCGCAAGACGGCAUUGUUUUGUCUCGAGUAUUCCAGGGUUCAACUGACGCAUCCAUCUUUGGGGAUUUUAUCGAGCAGCUCCUCCAGCACUGUGGGAAAUGGCCCGAGCCGAAGUCUGUGCUAGUGACGGACAACGCAUCCUUUCAUCACUCGGACAGAAUUAAACAGAUUUGCUCAGAAGCUGGCGUAAAGCUAGUGUAUUUGCCUCCAUAUUCUCCUGAUUUGAAUCCUAUUGAGGAGUAUUUUGCUGAGCUGAAGGCCUUUAUCCGGCGUAAUUGGCAAUCCUACGAAGAAAAUCCAGCGCAAGAAUUCGACAACUUCCUUGAAUGGUGUGUUGACGUUGUUGGUGCGAGGGAGAAGAGCGCGGAGGGGCAUUUUCGGCACUCUGGCCUAGCUGUAGAGGUACAGCCUACUGUGGCAGCAGAGUUCGGGACUAACCUCACCGGCUAA